AUGGCAAUCAAAUCGGUCAAGUCGAGUCCCCAGCAGCCAAACGGCCACGUCCUUCCUUUCAAGUUUGCGAACUUGCUGGAUCCGGAGGCUUCCUGGGACAAGGUAUGAAUGUCCGCCAUCGAACGGAGCGAUCUCUUUCUGUGGGGCAUUCUACUUUUUGGUUCUCUCUUGUGCGAAUGGCGUUUUUAUCCCCUGUGUGAGUGUUUUGUUCAGGAUCAAUUGGGGGACGCUCUGCACUGGAUCCGGCAGGUUUUGGGUCUCGUGUGUGGAUUGCUGUGGGGUGCCAUCCCAUUGGUGGGCGCCAUAUGGAUAGUAGUGUAAGUUAUGAACGUUGAUUUGAGAGCAAGCCUUUUCUUCCCAUCGUCCUCGACAUUUUUCUUCGUGCGUAAAUUUCGAUCGCCGAUCCACAAGGGCCGCCCCCGCGUCCUGCGGGGACACAUUUCCUUACAGUCUAUUGAAUACAUGCAGCAUGUUAAUUCCAAUGUAGAGACUUGAUAUGAUUGAUGUCUUCUUCAAGUUCUUUUUACACAGCGGAUAAAAUUUUUCCCUACUUUUUGGAUUAGUGAAUAGAAAUUGAGAUCCUGAAUUGAAUUUUUCCAGUACAAGGAAAUAGGAGUCAACACUAGUGGAUUGAAAUCAGUUGGGAGCGCUUUUUUGUUACACACACCCACCUACAGUGGGGCGCCAUUGAAGACACGUGCGGAGGAUAAGCUUGUGACUGGUAACUAAGCCAUUUUCUGAUGGUAGAAGUGGGGAAUAAAGAUAGAAAGGAAUAUUCCUCGAGUUUUGAUGUCCCUCUAAGAGAGUAAAAUGAUGGGGGAUUGCAGACACGGAUUAUUUUUUAUGUGAAGUCACUGGUACAAAUGGAAACUCCUCUGGAUCUGGUAAUUUCGUCCCAUGUCUUAUGGCAUAGAGCAGAGCAAGGAAAUCCUUCCGUUUUUCAUUAUCCAAAGGCUUUUCAUUGGAUGUAGCCAUUACAACUCAACUUAUAUCGCUCAAGAUAAAUUUUUAGAGAAACUUGGUUACAGGUUUUUAACUAGUGACAUUGUAUUCAGCCGGACUCUUGUAUCUAGUCAGAAACUUAUGAUCAAUGUUCACAUCAUGGCGUAUUUCUUAUGAAAUUAAAGCCUCAUCAGUGAACAAAGUUUGUUUUCCUAAUAGGCCAAAAUUUCGUACGACUUUAUCUUGCUUUUAAGAUUUUCAAUUCCAUAUUAUCCAUAUUAUCAUCAACAGGGAUCAGCUAUUUUAUUGGCUGAUAAUUUUUUUUCAAAAAUGAAGAAUAAUAUGAUUGUUAGAACUUUGUGUGACACAGUUAUUCCUGAAGAAAAUGAUGGGAAAGUUCUCUUGACAUUUUCCUCGAAAGAUAUUUUACUAUGAUGAGAAUCAGAGAGCCUGUGAAGUUGGAAAGGACGAGUUUUUUCUCGUAGCAAAAGUUUCAAAAUUAAACCUUGUGUUCAGGUUAAACUGCAUAUCAGUUGCCAAAUAGAAUAAAUCAUUUGCUAUGAUCUGGGACAAAAUCAGUGUAUCAAACAUGACCCUGGCCAAUCACUAUCAUGGAGAUGACAAAGUCUUUGGAUCGUGUUUUUCUUUUAUUUUUGUUGCCUCAUCUUGAAGCCUUUCGCAUGAUUAACUCCUUUUGAAGCUUUCUUCUUUUCCUAGUUUUUAUUCUAAUCAAUAUACUGGUGUCCACGGAUCUUGUUUUGCAAUUCAAGUUAUACAUUAGGCCUUCGACGUACAUCUGGGAUUUACUGGAACAUGUUAAUGUUGUUUUCCAAACAUCUUCCAGUCAAAAAAAACACAUCAAGUGUUCCUCUGCUAGGGUCAUUUGGUUUAAAGGAUUGAUGAACAAUUCGUACACUUCUGCCGCCAUAUGACUAGCGAUCAAUGAUUAAAUAUAUUUCUCCCUUUCUCCCGGAUUCUUCCGAAUUGAUGGCAAUUUUCUCUUUCUUCAUGUUCCCCUCUACGGUCCAAUUCAUCUUUCAAUUAUUUUUCAUCGUUUUUCAUUUUAAUUGUAACAGGAUCAUAGGUGAACGAGAUAGGUUCUGAAUGGGUUUAGGAACUAAGUUCUGAAUUUCGAUUGAGAGUUUGUGUGUUGUUCAAGUAGUGGAUACCUUGUACAUUGCAUUGGGUUCUAAGGAAAUAGAAACAAUUGCCUCUAGGUUCGACUGCCAUUGAGUUCAUCCACCACAGUCCCAUCACCGUUGUCUUUCUAAUGGUAUGGACAUUGCACAAGAUAAAAAAUAAUGUUAGGGACUUUGCCAGUGGUUUUACAGAAGAAACCAACCUCUACGUGGGCAAUGUCCCUCUUUUUCUUGCAUAAUUUCAAAGGAACCGAUGGUCUACUGAAAAAAGCAUCAAAUUGGUAGGCGCGGAGACUCUACCCGACCCGCCAAGAACUGUUGCGUUUGACAUUACCCACUAUCUUGGUAAAGAUCAAGCUCCCUUCCGGAACGAAAAAGUUUCUCCCUAGUAAAUGUUUGCCAUGAUUGACCAAAAAGUUGGUGGGUGGACUGAGAAGCCACUCUUUGUAGCGGGAAAUCCAUUCCACUGAUUCCGGAUGGUGUGAUGCUGAUUAGCUGUUGGCCUAUGGUCCUAGUUUAUUCUGAUUUGUGGGUCGUUGAAAGUAUUUUUUUCAUCAGAAUGAUGUGAGUAAUAAUGAUUAACCAGAUGCAACAAAACCAAAAGUCAUUUAGACACAGUUUAGUUUAGUAACAGAUAAAGUUUAAAUAAUGCCAACAUCAUGCCUUAAGGGUUCAAUUGUUUUCUUUUGGCAAUCAGAUUGUCUCAGACAGGUGUCACACAGAUUGACGAGGAAUAGGUUUUCUUUUGUUCCCUGUAGAAAAAUAUAGAUUUACAUUUAUGUGGUUCCACUCAACUAACGUUAGAUUUGUAGAGAAGCAUGGUUGAUGAAUGAUGCUUUCAUUUUAUGCUAUAUGCCACUUUAUUAUAUGAGUUGAAAAAAUAUAAUAUGCCUUUGAGCGGUACAGAACUUUCAAUUUAUAUUCAUUUUUCUAGGAGUUUCGACUUUGUACGAGUAAAAUUACUGAUCAUUCUUGAUAUUUUAUCUCUCAAGCUUCUCCUUUGCUAUCAUUAUGCUUAAAACAAGGUUAAAGUCGUACUUUUAUUCUGGGCUUUGCAAAUUUUUCUGGGUGGCUAAGAACUUGGAUUCUGUGUUAUAUACUGUUUUUCCUGCUUUUCAGUGAUAUAGAAAAAGAAAGUUUUUGUUUUCCAAUCUCUAACUUUUUUGUGAUCUAUUGCUUCGCAAGAACAAGAAAAAGCUUCAUUAAAAAAAAAAAAAACGACAAUUGGAGUUCAAAAAGUGGUAGCGGAGUUUUCAUCUUUUAUAUACCGCUCUUGUUAUUUUUUUUCGCAUUAUCUUAUGAAGAUACUUGCUUUACUCGUGAAAAAACUAUUACAAACCAUAAGUGAUACUUGCAUGGCGUAGGUUCCUUGCACUUUCUUCUGGUAUCAUUUAUGGCUAUUAUGCGUACAUCCUGAGGGUUGAUGAAGAAGAAUUCGGCGGCCAUGGGGCACUACUUCAAGAGGGACUGUUUGCAUCAUUCACCCUUUUCCUGGUACUUUUCCCCCAUUCCUCCUCAAUCACCUUUUUGUUUACUGAUAUAUUCUAUUUCCCAAUGAUCCCUACAAAGUAUAAAUCCAUGAUUUUCUGCGAAGGGUUGACUUUAGUCCCCUAUAUAUGCAUAUAUAAGUGAAUUGAUUGAUUUAGAUCCACAUACAUGCCACGAAAUUGGUGGGGUCAAUCUGUGCAAAAUUCAAUGCAAAGUUCCCAGAUUUUAGACCGAUUCACAGUGAAUCGGCCGAGAAUCAGCUGGUCCAAGGUCAGUAAAUACUGGGCUAAAGACCCAGUAUUUGAUUGGCCGGCCUCGGAUUGAUCCAAUCAGGCCAACUGAAUCCAGAUAGGGAAAGGAUCAGGCCGUGGGAAAUCCCGCCUCCACCUGUGCGAUCUUUUCUGUGAAAUUUUUGGUCAACAGAUAAGUGUAGGAUAAGCAUCUAUAUUCUCCCAGACGAUGAAUGUCUUUCUUCUUGUUUGGUGCAGCUGUUGUGGAUUCUUGGCUAUAGCCUUGCUCACUUUUAG